AUGCUCGCUGGCAAAUCACAGAAAGAACUACUCAAGCUAGCCCGGCUGAUUGUCCAGCCUUUACAGCUGAACUUCCACAAAGGCCAGGCGGGAAAGGUCGGCAUUUUCGGCGGCUGCGAGGACUACACAGGCGCCCCCUUUUUUGCCUCCCAUUCAGCAGCAUUGGUGGGCGCAGACCUCAGCCACGUGAUCUGCGAGAAACUAGCGGCGCCGGUCAUCAAGGGAUACUCGCCCGACUUGAUGGUGCACCCCUAUUUGUACGAGCUGCUGAAUCCAGAGGUGGCCCGCUUUGCCCCUGCAGAAACGUGGGCCGCCUUGCUGAAAAAAACGCCCACGGAGGCCUUAAAGGACGAGCUGCUCGGGAAGAUCGUGGACACGCAUAUCUUGCCCAAGGUGAUGGCACUCGUGGACCGGAUCGACGUUUUUGUGGUGGGCCCGGGCUUUGGGCGCGACCCCUUGAUGCUCAAGACGCUCCAGCGCAUUUUGCAGGAGAUCAUGGUGGCCAACAAACCGGUGGUUCUCGACGCAGACUCGCUUUUCCUUAUUCUGUUGGACCCGCUGCUCAUCCGGGGAUACAAGAAAGCCGUGAUCACGCCCAACGUGGUGGAGUUUGGCCGGAUCUGCUCGGCCCUCGGGAUCGAAAACACAGACUCCGUAGAAACCGCGCAGAAAGUCUCGGAACUGUUGGGCGGCGUGGUGGUGGUGAAAAAGGGCGCACAGGAGGUCAUAGUGAGGGGCCAGAGCUGCCUCUUGAACGAUAUGGAGGGGUCGGUCAGACGCGUGGGUGGCCAGGGCGAUACACUCACAGGAGCCAUGGCCACCAUGCUUGUGUGGGCGUCCCAUUAUCAGGAGGGCGCCUGGGAAACGCCGAGAUACGAGCACAUUGAAAACGACGACCUUGCUUUGGUUGCGUGCUACGCGGCGUGUGCGUUGGUGAGGGCGGCCAGCAACAAAGCAUUUGGCCGGUACAAGAGAUCGAUGCAGACAUCGAACAUCCACGAAUUCUUGGGCGAGGCUUAUGGGGAGCUUUUCGAGGCCUCUGGUGAGCAGACUAUUGGCAAGAGCCAGUGA